UUCAUCGGUGAAAACCCUAAUCUUCUUUAUUUGUUGAUUCAAUCGUCGGUUAUUAUUUAUACAGUGUAUUCCGAUUCUGAUUGAAGAUCGCUAUCAGUGUUUUUUUGGUUUCAAUCUGCAUGGUGGUCUGUUCUUGACGCAUUGUUCUUGUUUUUGUUGAUUUUGCCGUCUCUUGGAUUACUGAUUGGUAUUUGCAAUAUAUACGCCAUGAUCAUUGUGUGGAUUUUGCCUGAUUUAUGGUUUUGAAUCGGUCUCUAGUAGGUUUUUAUGAUACUGAACUGAUUUUCUCCCUUUUCACUCUGCAUAUUUUCCCCCUGGUAACCGUCUCUUAUUUUUGUAACCAAUGGUCGCUUAUUUGCUUUGGAAGUUGUUUAUUGCUCCCUAGGUCCCAAAAAAGGAAGUUUAUCUGCUAUUUGAUAACAUUUACGUACGAAGGGUUUUCAUUGGAUGUGCAUCUGAGAUGAUUAUUGCCACUUGAACAGUUUAGAUGGUUUGAUGAAAACUUAUUUCUGUUUUUGAUCUUCUGACUAAUACUAUCUUGGUCAAAAACAUUAAGAAUAAUAUGAACUUAUCUAAUUAUGUUUCUUGAUGUCAAAAUGUCAUUUCGAAUCGAUACAUCCUACACUCCUCAAAUGUCUUGAAAACUUGUACAAAAUAUGUAAACCAGUGGAUCAUUUGCAUGACUACGAGGAUGUUUGGAUUUGUGUUUUCAAAGUGAUUUUCGAUCUGAAUAAUCAAAAUCAGAGCAUCAGAACAAAAAACUGUUGGCCAAGAUAGAAUGUAAAACAAAAAACUGUUGGCCAAGAUAGAAACCGUGUCUCCCGGUGACAGCUAGAAUUUUACCUUAGAACAGUAAUUGAUUACAAAUAUCAUGAGAGGGACUAAUAGAGUAUGUCAAGGAAUCCGUGGCUCAUAUCAUGCAGCUUGCAGAGGGGAUGGGGUAUAAAGAUAACAUUGUUCCGGGAUGGGUUCCUCACUCUGGUGCGAUAUUUACAUCAAAUAUUGGAAUGAAGAAAAUGUGCUUCCGACAUAAAUUGUUUGGACUACCAUCAGCUAUGUCCGACUUUGUGUUGCAUGUGAAAAAAGGAAUGAUACUAUUCCUUUUUGAGUUUGAGAGGAGACAAUUAUAUGGUGUAUUUCGUGCUACCUCUGAUGGUGAAAUCAAUAUUCUGCCCAAUGCAUUCAAAUCAUCAGGAAGGCACUUUCCCGCACAGGUUCGUUUUACCUCUGUUUGGACUUGUAACCCACUCGAUGAAAGUGAAUUCCGGUAUGCUAUUAGAGAUAAUUACUUCUCUGGGAAGAAGUUCAACUUUGGUUUGUCCGAGGAUCAGGUAUAUAAACUUAUGAUGUUAUUUCAUGCCAAAAGAAUACCUAAAAAUCACCCUGAGAGAAAUAUCUGGAGACAUGGUGAUAAGCCAGCUGUGGGAGAUGGAAGAUUUGAUGAUCAUAGGAUGAAUCUGUUUAGAGAUAGGUUAGGAUUCAUUAGCAAAGAGGAUAGGCAUGGUCUUGACAUCUGUGAGUAUUUGGGUGAUGAAGUUAAAGAAGUAGAGGAUCAUUUGUAUUUGAAUGCAAAUUUUGUGGAAGAACACAACAAUUUCAAUUGCGGCAGAGGGCAGAGAAAUAGGACCGUUACCGUGGGAAGAUUUCAGGAAGAUAACGGAGACAGGUUUUUAACAAAUUAUAUUACACAAAGUGAUGAUUUUGGUGAUCAUAGUACUAGGCAGGCCAUAUUGGGGAGUCACCUUGAUCAUGCGUUAGGGGGAUUAAGAAGGGUGGCUGAUGCAGGGUCACAUGAUGUAAAUGAUGGGCACAAUAAUCUUGCGGAAAUAAGAGGAAUAACUAACGAGGAUAGGUUUUUUAUGAUGGAGAAAAUAAAAGUUGAACAUGAUAUUGAAGAUGAUAGGCAUAUUUUCAACAAACCCCAUGUAAAGCAUUUAGGUAAAAUAGGUGCAGCAAGCAGUGAUGCGAAGUUUCUGAUGGAUGAUAUUACUAGUAAAAGCAAAGAGUUUGAGGAUGAUAAUAGGAUACCAAAUGAAUACCAUGUUAUAAAUGAUUUCUGGCAAACUAUUAAUGAUGGAAGGUUUAUUGGUUAUGAAAGUGAACAAGGAACAUUGAAUCAACAAGGGACAACUGGGGUUUGGACAAAACCUAAUUAUGAUGAAGGCUCAACCUUCAGGUCAAGAACAUUGACUGAACACCCACUGCUUAGACCAGGUGCUGCUGGGAUAAAACCUCGGUAUGAUUAUAAAGAUUUUGGCUUUGGGGAUGUUUCCCCUACUAACAAUUCUAUUAGGGGAGUCGUCUCAACUAAUUAUAUUGCUUUUUCUCACUGUAAGCAAAGUGCUAUGAAUUCUUCUGGUAAUCCUAUUUCUGAAGCUCAAGAUUCUUCCAUAUCAGAGCAACUUCGACAUCCUUCUGAAUUCAGUAAUAUUGGAAAAACUUAUGAUUGCGGUCUUCCUUUAUCUACAUGUUGUGAUACUAGAAUGAUUACAAUGCCUACCCUGUAUGAUUCUGAAGCUCCUGAUAUUCGGCUUAGACCUUCUGCUGGUCGUAGUUCUAGUCUUGUCGAUAAUUGUCCUUUUUACCCUAGUUCUAAGGAUGCAUUGUUGAGCAAAAACCACGAUAAAGUCUCUUGCCAUGAAGCAAGAGGCACCCAAUUAGUUGACGAAAACCGGGUAUUUAAAAAUGAUGCUUUUGAAGGCUCCUUUUUUUCUGAGCGUGCUUCUCUGUCUUUGUCGCAAUCUGAAACUGCUGAGAACGUCAUUAAGAGCCAUAGGUCGCAUGGUUUCAGUUCUCGCAUGAGCUUGUUAUCUGGAUAUGAUAGCAGCUACCUUGGAGAACCUAGAAGCAAGUACAUUCAUAAGGUUAGUGAAUCAUCGCCUGCUUCCAAAAUGAUUUCUUUGUCUGAUGCUGGUUUAUGUUCACGCGAAAAUGACCCAAUUCGUCACCAUAAAAUAUCCCGCCAACCGCAUGAAGAUAAGCAUCUUGAUGGUGCUGACAAGAGAGUAAGUGUUUUUGCACGCUUAAGUUUGGCCCCAGAAGCAGUCAGCCAUGAACAAGAAUUUGACUCUGGUGAACACGAGGACCAGGAUUCAUUGGUUAACAAUGUGAUGGAAAUGUUGGAGAAGGUCGUGAGUGGCCCGAUAAAGAGGACUGGAAAAAGCAUAUCGGCUUUUAAGCAUCAUCAUGAUGAUGUAAUGGCCAGUAAGAUUGUAGAUUAUGAGCUUUCAAAGACGAUGAUGGAGCCUGAUGCUGAUUUAGCUGAUGAAACAAUCGAAGGAGGAUCUGAAUCAAUACUGCACGAGACUAGGCUCGUGGAUUUCAAGCGUCGCAAGAAAGCAAACAAGAAUCUUGAUGAUAAAUCCGAAGAAAACACUGCUGGGCCAAUAGAGUCGGAGAGAUCCGCCGGAAACAGAGUCUCUGAACCAGAUGUCGGGUCUGUGGAGACCAACUCUUCGAUGUGUAUGCCUUGCAAGCGUAGGAGACUGGUUCGGCCCAAUUUUGUUAGAAAUGAGUCAACUCGUGAUGCUAAAAACUCACUGCCAACUUGUAACGAAAAUCAACCUUUGAAAGAUGACAGCAAUCCAACAGAAGCAAUUGAAAGCUUGGAGAAGGUUGAGGUAUCCAUCAAAUCUACACGAGUGUCUACCGGAUGCCAAAAAGAUGUURUUGAAGGUGAAGCAAGUUCAGAAGUCGUCGGAGAUGGAAAUGCAGAAAAUGGUCAAGUGUCGGAUGGGAACGGGAGAGAGCAAUCGCAAGAGAAACGUGAUGUUGAUGGCAUGACCCGAGUAGGUUCACCAAAAGGCGAUCGAACGACAUGUGGUUGGAUCGAGUGGUGAUCUUCUAGUCCGGAACUCAAGGUUUGCAUAUAGAUAGAUGCAUAUAAGAAAAUGGUGGUUUUUUUGAGACGCAAAAGGGAACACUUAUUUGAAACUCUUUGUGUACCAGAAAAUGUCAAUAUUUUUUUUUUUGAAGAUAUUCAAGAAAAUUUUCUUUUUUGGAGUCGAACUGAGAAUUGAAGUUUAC